AAAAGUCAUCUACCAGACUUUAAGCCUCAAAAUCCUUUAUUGCAUCAUUCAUAUUUAAAGUAAAACAGAGAGGCCAAUACCAAUUGGCUUCUUUCUUCUUUUUCCUACCCAAAACGGCAAAACAUUUUCUCUACAAAAAACUUUCUAAACCUCUCUCACUCACUCCAAAACCUCCUCUGAGCUCAUUCAUGGUGUGAUUUUUUGUUUUUUAGUUUCAAAUUCCCAAAUGGGUAUACUCACAGAGCAACCUUCUCUUCUUUCCCUUACUCUGUUUUUCUUCACAAUUUUAUUUGUGUUCUUCCCAUCAACCACAACCGGAGCUGAUUACACAAAGUUGGUCUACAAAGGCUGCGCAGACCAGAAAUUCCAAGACCCAAAUGGGGUUUACUCUCAAAACCUCAAAACCCUCUUCCAAUCCCUGCUUUCUCAAUCCGGGCAAAAACCCUUCUCCACAACCACCUCCGGCGAGGGCCAAAACUCCAUUACCGGCUGGUACCAAUGCCGGGGUGACCUCACCACGGCUCAGUGCUCCGACUGUGUGAGCAAGAUCCCAGACAUGGCUACCAAGCUCUGCGAUCGAGCUGUGGCCGCUCGAGUCCAGCUCCACGGCUGCUAUCUCCGGUAUGAAUUAUCGGGGUUCAAGCAGGUUUCCGAGUCCGAGUUGCUCUACAAGAUGUGCGGGUCGAUUCGUGCACAAGGGGCUGGGUUUGAGCAGAGGAGAGACACGGCGUUUAACAUGGUUGAAGAGGGUGUCAAGAGUGGGAGUAGCUUGUUCUAUACCGGGAGUUAUCAAUCUGUGUACGUUUUGGGUCAGUGCGAGGGAGAUUUGGAUGCUAAUGAUUGUGGAGAUUGUGUUAAAAAAGCUAUACAGAAAGCUACUUCUGAUUGUGGUGACUCCAUUUCUGGCCAAAUUUAUCUUCAAAAAUGUUAUCUUAGUUAUAGUUAUUACCCAAAUGGAGUACCUGGAACUGGAAUAACCUCAACAACCACUGAAGGAGGGACAGGGCAAAAUCACACUCAGAGAACUGUGGCCAUUGCUGUUGGAGGGGUUGCUGCUUUGGGGUUUUUAAUUGUUUGUUUAUUGUUCGCAAGGUCUGUGAUGAAAAAAAGAGGUGGCAAGCACUGAGGCUCAGAGGUUCAUUCUUCAUAUUACUAUAUCACUCGUGUUCUUUUAGAUUUCUUUCAAAUUUGUAUGUACAUAUGGAUAUGGUAUCAAUAUCAUCAUAGCAUAUAAUAUAGAGAAAUAGAAAAAAGAAUGUUAUCAUGCAUAUUAGUGAGUGCACUAGAAGUAGAUAGGGUUCAUAUAUAUAUAUAUGAUUUGAUAUGACGAUUGCUUUAUACCUUGUAGUUUAACUUAUUCAAAUACCUGAUCAUGUCCAAUAUGAGAGUAAUGCAAUACAUUUAAGUAAUCACUCAAAAAGAUUAGCUUUUGAUGAUAAUAAAGUAGGAAAAAGUAAAGCUAAGCAUGAGUUGGGAAAUGUCAAAAACCACUUAACUUUUGUUUAGAGCUGAGCUUGUGUGAAUAUCCUUACAAUUCCUCAUGUACUUCUUUCCUUGAUAUGAACAAGUUUCGAACAUUUUCUCUG